AUGGAACUCAACCGAGAAAAUUUUCGCGCCAUACUUUAUUACAACUUUCAGAGACAAUUAUCGCAACAAGAAUGCCUUGCUGAGUUACUGUCUGUUUUCGGCAAUGAAGCGCCACAUCGCCUUAGCGACGAUCCCAGGGUGGGUGCACCAAAAACGGCAGUCACCCAGGAAAACGUCGAUGCUGUGCGCAAGCUCAUCAUUGAAGAUCGACAUGUGACAUAUCGCGAGAUUGAGGUAAAAUUAGUUUAUCGUUGGAUACCCCACCUGUUGACUGAAGAGCAGAAAGCAGCCAGGGUUAAUUGGUGUCAAAAAACGCUUGACCCAUUGUUAGUGCCAACAAAAAUCAUCCGUUCUCGAAGUGUUUCGAAAAAGUUGGUCGAGACAUUUGUGUCAAAAGCGGGUCAUAUUGCGAUAAUUCCUCUUAAUGAGCAAAGAACUGUUACUGCGGAUUGGUAUACCACCAUUUGUUUGCCAAAAGUCAUCACCGAGCUUCGAAAAAUCAACCCCGAAAGAAGAAUCAUCCUCCACCAAGACAAUGCAAGCUCGCACACAGCCCAAAAAACACGGCAGUAUUUAACGGAAGAAAACGUGGAAUUAUUGGAACAUCCUCCAUAUAGUCCCGACCUAAGUCCUAAAGGUUUCUUUACUUUCCCGAAAAUUAAAAACAGAUCACCAAAAGAAGCAGUUGACGCAUUCAAAAAUGCCGUUUUGGAUCUGCCAGCAAACAAGUGGAAUAAGUGCUUCGGAAAUUGGUUCGAGCGCAUGCAGAUGUGUAUUAAUCUUCGUGGAGAAUACCCUUACUGA